AUGUCUCUCAAUGGGUUAGAUAAUCCCACAGUCAUUGAAGCCUACCAGAUCGCUCUCACCGAGGCUGGAGGAUGGUUUCUUCUGCGGUACGUCUCAAGGGAUGAAGUAGCUCUCCAUGAGCGGGGGACAGGGGGCGUUCCCGACGUCCGGAACGCAAUCGAGAACUAUGAAGAAUGCUCCCCGCUCUAUGGUUUCCUACAAUAUCGUCGAAGAAAGGUCAUUCUCAGCUAUCUCCCUGAGGAUCUGUCCCGACUUGUACGAGCUCGUGCCACCGUUCAAUUCCAAUCCGUGCUUGAUAAAUUCUCGCCCCAUGAUACCGUCUUUUCGCUCUCGAAACCAUCUGAGCUGACUGAAAGCGCACUUUCGUCCGCAUGUCUUUUACAUACCGCCUCAGGUUCUAUCACCUCCUCUUCGAGUUCCCUCCGUCGUCGGAGACUGAUGGAAAUUGCGGAAGAUGCAGAGGAAACUCCGGCUCCCAAGGACACAGCCAACACCCAGGCGCCAGUCCAGGACCUCCGGCAACGGUCGUUCAGCCAAGUCUCGGAAGCCACAGUCGUGCCUCCAUCCGUGGUGUCAACUCCUCCCCAACCGCCCAAUGGCGACUCUUCUGUGCCUACAAGUCCCGAUGAACACCAUGUCAAUGGACUGACGCCGUCCAUCUCUUUGGACCAGUAUUCCGAACGACCGACUUCCUCAAGGAAUUUCCGCGACGAUCUAUCUCUGGCCCCUUCCGAAUCCCGCCAGUCUACUCAGUCUGCCAGGCCUUCUUUGCGAGACAUUGAACGUGCGACAGGAUACAAGCCCAAGGUGAAGCUAGGUCCUCGUCCUUCUGUGGAUGGAUGUGGUCGGCCUCGCACUUCGGGGAGCACAUCUCGUAGUGUGGAGCAGCGUCCCGUUGCUUCUCUACCUGCUGGUGUACGAGCCUCUCCGUUCCGCAAGUCGAAUCCCAACCCACCUCGUCCUCGUUCCCAAGGAAAUCCUGUCGCUGCUCCAUCCGCCAGAAUACCGCCUGUACCUCCUCUUCUAGUACCCCCGUCUUCAAUGCCAAUAUCGAGACCCCAGCUCUCACCCGGUGCGAAGUCACUAAGCGCGUUAUCCACAUCCACGACCUCCAAUGAAAAGGAGAGGCUGAUGAAAGCUCUUCAGCUACGCAAGUCGCAAAUGCAAAAAAGAGCUCAAGAAGCGAAGCGCAAUCAAGGCGCUACUCCAGAUAAGAUCAUUUCAAGCCAGAGCCCGGAUGACGACAAGGAAAAUAUCGAGCAAGUGCCUGAAAAGGCAAAGUAUGACAUGGGACGUCAAAGGUUAUCAAGCAUAUCGGAGAAUGAGAAACCGCCGGUCGAGUCACAGGCAGAAGAACCCCAAGUGUCCGUCACCACUGUCGAAUCCAGUCCUGCUCAGGAUGCAGAGAUUACUCCUCCGGCCUCUUCCAAUGAUGCACCACCAGCUGCAGACACAGUCAGUGACGAGCUGCUGCCUAGUACCACCUAUUCAGUGCCGGCCACCCAGCUGGUUGAGCUCGAACAGCACACAGAGGAAGCACAAGAACCUAUCUCGAAUCCUGAAACAGUCGAAAUUCGAGGAGACUUGGCUGGAUCCACCGAGAGCGAGAUCAAGUGCGGCACCGGCUCAACUAGCGCCGUUGUCAAUAAUGUCCCACCUGAAGGCAACUUUCAAACAGUUCCAGAAGAAAUUGCUACAACUCCUCCACAACCCGAAGCUUGUUCUCCUUCUACUGAAAAAAGUGAGGCUACCCCGGCCGCCGACUCGACUGAGCCUACCCCCACCCCUCAGUCAGUUCCUCUACCUGAGUCUCCGGUGUCUGAGCUGCAGCCAGAAUCUGUGGCCGACUCCUCAACAAUAGUCGCUUCCCAUCACGUGGAUGUCGAAGAUACACCGUCGCCUGGAGCUGUGAGCGUAGACCAGCAGAGUACCGCAACACGAAAGGAGAGACGUAAACCCGUUCUAGAGCCCAUUCAGGUUCCAACUCCUGAUUAUUCUGAUGACGACAAUCUUCUCUCGGACGAUUCCUUCAUGGAAGAAUUGAAAAGUGCCACUGUUGAAGAGGCCAAACCCAUCUCAGUGGGGAAGUCUCCGCUUUCUCCGGGUUACUCGAAUCGUGGAAGCCCUCAAGUUGCGUCUGAUGCGUGGAGAAAUUCGCGCGCAGUCUCAAACCCGAGUGCUACUGGGUACCAGUAUCCCAGUACUCCUACUUUUGCUACAGGAAGAUCCGUUUCUAGCACGUUUCCUCCGCCUGAGACCUCUGCAGCACCGUUGGUAGCUAAGAAGAUCAAUGUGUCUUCUGGAAUCUCCAAGCGCAUCAAAGCCCUAGAGCAAUUCUCAAGCAGUCGCGAUGCCGCGGGGGUACCUUCCCAGAGCAUGUCCACUCCCACCGCGGCUUCCUUCGAAACACUUCGAAAGCGCGCUUCUGUUUCAAUGACAGGUGGAAGUUCAGAUAUUCCGCUCUCGAGACAUCCAUCAUAUGCGCCCGAGCCAUUUUCUCGGGCAUCCAGCUUGAGACGCCCCGACUCGAGAGCUAGCACUGGUGCUGGAAAACCCACGAACUCCGUCUCUGUCACAGCACGCAUUAUUCGCGACCCGAGUGCUGCUGCCAGUAACGACUCAAAGAUGGAUCCCACGGAGCCUCGCGCUCUCAACCUUCAAGCCAGCCCAUUGACUGUUGAGCGCGGUACCCCUGAUGAACCUGCAUCUCCAGACCCGACACCAGAUUCUACCCCUGGUAAACCGGAGCCACGCAGCAUGUCGAUCUCUUCUGCAGGCUCAGCCAAACCGCCGGUCUCCACUCUACCGCCCUCGGAGAGUAGGCUCUCCGUGUCAUCGAGAAAUGACGGUUAUUUCCUUUCCAGAUCACCAAGUGAGACUUCUGCGUCUUCCCCGGAAGAGAAGAAGGAGUCGCGCACCUCCAGGCUUCUCCGUCGCAUGUCCUCAAUCACAUCAGGCUCUCGGAGAAGCACUAUUGGCUCCAGGAGUCCAAUUGUCAGGGAAGACAGCAUGCCAUCCGUGGAGGAAGGCCCCAAGAAUAGUACUGUGGAGCUUCCUGCCGCAGUGGAUAUCGGCGAAGUCAAUGUCCAGUUCCCCGACACUCUGCUCUGGAAACGACGUUUCAUUCGAGUCGACAGCAAAGGCUUCUUGGUUUUGACUCCGGGAAAUCUUGACUCGAGCAAUCGCAGCAUGAUCAAACGGUACCACCUGACCGAGUUCAAAACUCCUUGUCUACCCGACGAAGACCGGCAAGAGCUCCCUAAUAGCAUCUUACUCGACUUCCUUGAUGGAAGCACUCUGCAGUGCGCCUGCGAAUCACGGCAGGGGCAGGCCUUUGUCCUCCAAACUCUUGUCAAUGCACACAACACCCAGCAACAGCUCGUCUCAAACUAG